CUGAAUCCGCCAUAUUUUUUCUUAAACAUAAGUGUGAAUAUUUAUUUGAUUUCAGGGGACAAUGUUUCGUUCUUCCUUCGUGGAAGAUACUUCCAACCCAUGGUCACCGUCUUCUACGUACAUCAAUGUUGGUUCCUUGCAAAAUAUUGUGAAUUUUGCCGAAAAGACGGGCCAUAUUGAUAGAAAAAACGUUGACAUUGAAGGAAUUCGUCGAAGAAUUGAGAUGACAUCUCCUUCAGUGACUUUAAUUAGAUUACUGAGAGAAAUCACAAGACUUGGCAAAGCUCUAGACAAGGUAAAUCUAGAAAUUCAGUGCCAUUUGAAAGAUGCUGAAACAAGGGACAUAACUCAUGUUGAUUUACUUGGAAGUAAGUGUCAACAGCUAGAGCAGUUAUCUAAUCAGCUGUCUGCUAUUAUUGAGAAAAAGGAUGAGCUUAUUUCAAGACUGCAACAGCCUUUUGUAGGAGAAUUCCUGGAAAUAGAUGCUGCACAUCACAAGAACACAGCUGAGGUUCUGCCUAUGAUUGCAUCUAAUUUAGCAAACUUUCCAACUCUACUGGAGAACAUGAUGUGGAUAAAGAACUUUUCACUUGCAGAUGGUCAAUUGCUUACUGUCCUGUCUCAUAUUGAAUCAUCAUUUGCUGAAAUUCAAAGUUUCUACCAAGCAUUGUGCCAGGGUCGUAAUCUCAUGUCACACCUACAGGAUGAACAUGGCAAACAAAGGGACUUAGCAUAAACAAAUGAAUCUGUACACUCCACUAUAGAACUAUGAAAAAAUGGAUUGAGACAAUGUGGAUUAACAUGUAUUGGUGUAAAGAAUUUAUUUUUGAUAGAGAGCAAGUAAAUAAACAGAAAAUGAACCAACCUUUAAUCCCUUAGGGACAACAUUUAAUGGGUACAAAAAAUGAUAUACAUAUAUUGCCAGCAAACACAGCCAUAUAUACUUCAAAAGAGUGGAGCUACUUGAAGUUUAACGUGUUUUAAACUAAAAUGAGGAAAAUUUUGAAAUGCUUUAAAUGAGCAAACAAGAUAAACAAACAGACAAACAACACACUCAAAGUCUCAAGAAAUUUUCUGUAAGCAUAUAACUGUUGGCACUCGCCAGAUAGACACAGUGUGAUGUUUUUUCAAUGGCCACAAGGUACAUAUAGAUUCUAUCAUGUUUGCCUCUUAUUAGCGAGAGAGAUCAGGGAAAAUUAAGGAACUCAGGCAGGAAGUCAGGUGUAUAAAUGUUCAAAAUAUAUUAACUUAUGAUUGUAUGCUCAUUAUCUGAAAAUCCCAGUAUUAAAACGAAAUACCCUCCAA